UGUGUGUGUGUGUGUGUGUGUGCGUGCGCGUGCCUGUGUGUGUGUGAAUACCAGAUUUCCUCCCAUCCAAAGCCUCUCUGUCCUCUCCCAUAUCACUCACAGCCUGGCAUCUGACAGCAACAAACCUGCAGCUCGCUGCGCACACGCACACACACCCGCACACACACACACGCACACCGCCAUACAGAUCUGCGAGGAAGGAGGAGGAGGAGGAGAGGAGAGGAAAGGGAGGAAGCAGCCAGCCCCACAACCUUUGCAGAGCUGCUUAAUUUUUAUUUUUUUUCUAAUUUUUAUCCCCCCCCCCCCCCCCGCCCCAAUCUAUUUUGUUCUUGCUUUAUUCCUGGCACUGUGGGGUCCUUUCUUUUGCUCCUGAUCUCGGAUGUUUGAAGCAAAGCAAGUGUUGCAACAGUUAAAAAAAAAAAAAAAAAUCCUAGCCAACCUCGAGCUCUAAAAUAAAAUAAAAAAAACAACCAAACAGGUUCCUAUCAGUGAAGUGCAAGGGGGGUGGGGGGUGAGACUUGGCUGGGAAGGUGGGGGGAGCGGAGAGAGACACAGAGACGAGAGACACAGACACGAGACUCACGCGCUUCCGAGGGUCGCGGACCUGGGGACAGAAGUGCGAGUGGAGAAAGUAGAGCGAUGCCAAGGAGGAAACAACAAGCACCCAAACGGGCUGCAGGUUAUGUCCAAGAGGAAGAUUUAAAGGAGGACGAAGAAAUAAAGGAGGAAGAAGAGGAUGAUGAUGACAGUAAUUCAACAGCCCAACUUCAGGGCAGCAAUGAUACUGGUACAGAUGAAGAACAUGAAGUGGGUCCCGAGCAGAAGGGAAGUUUUAGCUACCAGAAUUCUCCUGUAAGUCAUAUAUCCAAUCAGGAUGCAGAAAAUGAAUCACUGUUAAGUGAUGCUAGUGACCAGGUGGCAGAUAUUAAAAGCAUUUGCUUGAGAGAGGCACAUGAUCCAAAAACCAAUGCCCACCCUAAACCUCAGAAUGAAGCACAUAAUUGCAUGGAUAAGAUGACAGCGGUCUAUGCCAACAUACUGUCGGACUCUUAUUGGACAGGCUUAGGGCUGGGUUUCAAGUUGUCUAACUCUGAGAAGAGGGGUUGCGACAACAGAAAUGGAGGUAACAAAGCCGACUUUGAUUGGCACCAAGAUGCAUUGUCAAAAAGCUUGCAACAGAAUUUACCUUCCAGACCUGUCACCAAACCAAACCUGUUCAGUUCAGUCCAGCUCUACAGACAAAGCAGCAAAAUGUGCGGAACUGUAUUCACAGGUGCUAGCAGGUUUCGGUGCAGGCAAUGCAGUGCUGCCUACGACACCUUGGUAGAGCUAACGGUCCAUAUGAAUGAAACUGGUCAUUACCAAGAUGACAACCAUAAAAAGGACAAGCACAGACCGACCAGCUACUCAAAGCCCCGGAAAAGGGCCUUUCAGGACAUGGACAAGGAAGAUGCACAAAAAGUCCUAAAAUGUAUGUUCUGCGGUGACUCUUUUGAUUCCCUUCAAGACCUGAGUGUUCACAUGAUAAAAACAAAACACUACCAAAAAGUGCCUUUGAAGGAGCCAGUACCCACCAUUUCUUCAAAAAUGGUCACUCCAGCAAAGAAGCGUGUGUUUGAUGUUAAUCGGCCUUGUUCCCCAGAUUCCACAACGGGAUCUUUCUCAGACACGUUUUCUCCGCAAAAGAAUGCAAAUCUGCAGUUGUCAUCUAACAACCGCUACGGUUACCAAAACGGUGCCAGCUACACGUGGCAGUUUGAGGCCUGUAAAUCUCAGAUUUUGAAGUGCAUGGAAUGCGGAAGUUCACACGACACCUUGCAGCAGCUCACCACUCACAUGAUGGUCACUGGCCAUUUCUUGAAAGUCACAAGUUCGGCUUCAAAGAAAGGAAAGCAACUAGUUCUAGAUCCUUUGGCUGUGGAGAAAAUGCAGUCUCUGUCUGAGGUGCCAACCAACGACACUCAGGUUUCGAAACCAUCCAGUAAUGCAUCUUCAGAUUGCGUAGCACCUCUACCCGAGCUAAAGAAAGAGAGUAAAAAAGACAAACUUGAUGAUAUAAACAAAGAUGAGAAAGUGGUAAAAACUGAAGAUUAUGAAGACGUCCUUCAGAAACCAUUAGAUCCUACCAUGAAAUACCAGUAUCUAAGGGAAGAAGAUUUAGAAGAUGGUUCAAAAGGUGGUGGGGACAUUUUAAAGUCAUUGGAAAACACAGUCACGACAGCCAUCAACAAAGCUCAAAAUGGAGCUCCCAGCUGGAGUGCAUAUCCUAGUAUUCAUGCAGCCUAUCAGCUCUCAGAGGGAGCUAAACCUUCUUUACCAGUGGGUUCCCAAGUACUGCAGAUCAGGCCAACGAUGACCAAUAAAUUGAGGCCCAUUGCUCCAAAGUGGAAAGUUAUGCCUCUGGUUCCUCUUUCAGCAAAUAUGUCCCAGUGCACUCAAGUGAAGAAGGAAAUGGAUGACAAAGAAGAAGUACAAAAGGACUGUGCUAAAGAGGGCAUCCAGCCUGACCCUGCCCAGCUCUGUCAGAGUGAAGGAGAAACUCCCCCCAAAUCUGAGGCCUCUGUAGAGCCAAAAAAGACAGAGCCAUGUCCCUUGAAAGAGGAGGACAAAACAAAAGAAGACACUGAGAAGGAAAAGAUAAAACCCAAAGAGUCAAUUGUGUCUACCCUUAGCAAUGGCUGUGCUGCCACAAACCAUUCUUCUGAACUGCCUUGUAUCAACCCACUGAGUGCCCUGCAGUCUGUAUUGAAUAAUCAUUUGGGCAAAGCCACCGAGUCUUUACGGGCCCAAUCCAAUUCCAGCCCCAGCUCGAGCACAAUUUCUAUGUUUCACAAACCUAACUUAAAUAUGAUGGAGAAACCUGUUUUGUCACCUGCCCCAACCCCACCCAAGCCUGCGAAUGUAUCCAGGCAUUAUUUGUUUGAAAACAACGAUCAGCCUAUAGAUCUGACAAAAUCCAAAAGCAAGAAAGCUGAGUCAGCACAAGCACAAUCUUGUACUUCCCCACCUCAGAAACAUGCUUUGUCUGACAUUGCAGACAUGGUCAAAGUUCUUCCCAAAGCUACAACACCAAAACCUGCUGCGUCGUCUAGGAUCCCGUCGAUGAAAUUGGAAAUGGACGUCCGACGUUUUGAGGAUGUCUCCGCAGAAGUUUCCACUCUGCAUAAACGCAAGGGCAGGCAGUCCAACUGGAACCCUCAGCAUCUCCUGAUUUUACAAGCUCAGUUUGCUUCCAGCCUCUUCCAGACAUCUGAAGGUAAAUAUUUAUUAUCUGAUCUCGGUCCUCAAGAACGCAUGCAGAUUUCUAAAUUCACUGGACUGUCAAUGACCACCAUCAGCCAUUGGUUGGCAAAUGUCAAGUACCAGCUGAGGAAAACUGGAGGAACAAAGUUUUUGAAAAACAUGGACAAAGGGCACCCGAUCUUUUAUUGCAGUGACUGUGCAUCUCAGUUUAGAACGCCAUCGACUUACAUUAGUCACUUAGAAUCUCAUCUAGGUUUCCAAAUGAAAGACAUGAACAGGCUGGCUGUGGAACAGCAAACCAAGGUAGAGCAAGAAAUCUCCAGAGUUUCAGUUCAAAGAUCGCCUGAAACAAUAGCUGGAGAAGAGGACACAGACUCUAAGUUCAAAUGUAAGUUGUGCUGUCGGACAUUUGCAAGCAAACAUGCAGUAAAACUUCAUCUAAGCAAAACACACAGCAAGUCACCAGAACACCACUCACAAUUUGUAGCAGAAGUGGAUGAAGAAUAACUCUUAAGGACAAAUGCCUUAGUUCCCGCUCUCCAGCCUGGGCUUCCCGCACGGAGCCCGUCACCACAUGCCACUCUGCUCCUGACAUUGAACUCCUGACAACCCGAACCGAGAAGACUGCCAAAAAAACUCCAGCAAUUCUUCUUCAUCCUCACUAACAAUUUGGUAAUGAAGUAUUGAUUUCCACUCCCCUGCUUAUGGACGAUAUUAGAUUUUCAUUGAUAAACUGCACUGGGUCUGUCUCGUCUCCACUGUCCCUUUUUGCUGUCACUAAAACAAAGUGCCACUGAAGUAAGAUAAUGACUGAGAACAUUGAUGUACUUAUUUUGUCAAUUUGUAACACUUGACAGGAAAAAAAAAAUUCUUCAUAGUUUAAUGUCCAAGUGGGCUACACAAGAUGCAGUCACACUGGAAGCUUUACUUUUCAUGGUAAUGUCCAUUUCCUAUUUAUAACCCCUUUGGGAUAGUUUGUCUAAAGGAAAUGUUUCUAUUCAGUGCAGCUAUUACUGUUGCACCUGGGUUGCCCAAUCCAGUCAUUGCACUAGGGAUCAAUAUAUCACAGUAAGUACAAGAAUUAUUAAGUUAAAACAGAUUCUGAGCCAAAAAACCUCUGAACAAUGUUAAUCUUCUGUGCAAGUUGUUCAAAUAGUUAUGCUUAACCAUGUUUCUGCCAAAGAUUUGUUUAAAAUGGAUUAUUUUCAGUUUGUUUUAUUCCUCAUUAUAUAUAUAUAUUUUUAAAUCUCCAUUAUGGUUUACGACAACACAUAUGCAAUGGAGUGAUUUUUAAACAAAAGUACUAUUGUUAGAUUAUUGAACAUUAUAUAGAUAUAUAGAAAUAUAUAAGAUAAAAAUAAAAGACUAAAACCUAAAUUCCUUUCUCGGUUACACAAAUGUAAAUCUAAAUAGCUCCCUUAAAGUCAAGGGGCUGCUUUAGAUUUAUGCCCUUGUAAAUGAGAUCUGAAUCUGGCCUUUAUCUAUUGGGCUGGUCUGUUGCUACUGGUAUUUACAGGUACUAAAGCAUAGCUUAUUGUUAAAAUCAACUGAAACUCAGUGAGAAGAAGGGGGGAAAAAAUAAGAGGAGGAUGUCAAUUUAAAAUUCGGUCCUGUAACUUUUUUCAUUAAAACUUUGAGGUCCCAAUUUUAAUUUGUGGAAUAUUCACGUUAAUAAUGAGAUCUAAUUAAGACAUCCAUUAAAAGCCCGUUAAAGUUAAUUUAACGUAAAAAUUCCAAUAGAACUGUAUUAGAUUUUCUCCAUUAAAUUAACGUUAUGGAUUUUUAACGGAUGUCUUAAUUAUACAUUAUUAUUAACGGGAAUACUGUAUUACACAGAUUAAAAUCGGGUUCCAAGCCAACUCAGAAAAUCUUCCAGGAUGUUUUUAUAUUACAAACCUCAUUUUACCUAGUGCACUGCUUGGAAAAUCAGGCACAGCUCUGUUUACUCUAGCUGAGCAUUUUCCGUACAACUAAAGCAACCUAUAAUAGACAAAUCCAUCACUGCAUUUAACAAAUGAAUUUCCCUAUUCUCAAAGGACAAAUAAGUCUGGAUCAAGUUGUAAACUGCUACUCAGUUACAGAUGAAAUAUUUAAAGCAUGCUAGGCACAAAAUUGAGAAGUGAAUCUUUCUCAAAUAAGAAAGAGGUUUGAGGGUUUUUUAAAUUAUUUUGUUUCAAUGGUCAAGGAUAAAAUAAAAAUUCAACAUUGACAACAUGAUACUAAAUCUAUUUAUUCUAUUCCCUGUUUCUAAUGCAGGAGGGCCCUGUAUUGGAAUUGUUUGGGAAAUUUUGACAUGAUCCCUAAACUCAACGUGGAGGAAAAAAAAAAACCCCUUCUUAUUUACCUCCUAGGGAAAGUGUUGCCCUUAUGCCACAUAUAAUAGCAAAUUGCUUUUUUUAUGGCAUGCAUAACCUAGAUGGGAAAAAAUAUGGCGCUUGAGGGAAGGAGGGAAAAAGUAAAUGAAGUUCCAGGAAUGUCAUUCUGAAGUAAUGAGGCAUGGACAGAAAAUAUACCCCUCACAUCAUCGGAUUGAGAUGGCAGUCGAAAUAGCUUCAUUGAAGUGUCAGCACUCAUCCAUCAAUCAAUCAUCCACAAGGAAAAAUAGCGACAGUACAACGGGGCGGCUUUUAUGGGAUUUACUCAUGGGCAUAGGGAAUAGCAGCUCAAAUGUAGUUCUGACAUGAAAAGCAAGGUGCUGAUAUUAUUUUUUAUGAUGGGAGGAUCAUAAAGUGAAUUGAGAACAGUGAGGUCUGUCUUUGCUUAACCUAUUCAACUGGAAAUGAACGGAGCUCAACUGGAAAUGAACGGAGCCUUCAGAUGGGUUAAGAUUGAAGUGUGCGCUGUGCUGAGCACUGUCCAUUGACAACAAAAUUCUAUUAAAGCAAAAUCAAUGUAUUAACAUUGGGUUCCUCUGAAGCUGUUAAAUUGCACAGCCCAGUUCAGGGUUAUUAAGAGGAGUUACACAGUGUCGGACCCGGUAAGCAACGCUUCGGUAAAAUUCCAUCUUGGGAAAAUGACAUCGCUAUUUCCAACUUCCCAAAAACAUUUCUCCUAGAAAAUUAUUUUGUCAGCAAGUACUGCAGACUCCCGCUCCCCCGACAAAGCUCCCACCGACGUCCGAUGGGCCCGAUCCUGUGCUAUAUCACAACAUUGAGUAUGUGGCCAUUGAUUUCAGUGGAAUCUGAGUGUACAUGUGCAAUCUUUGUGCUGAUUGUUAUUUUUGGCAAAGCAGGCCAGAUCUUGAAGGGUGCCGAGCAUUCACAGCCAGGAGCCAAGCAGCCUCCGUUCCAUCUGGGUCAACAGGCAGCAAGUUAAUGCUUGUGGGAUCAAGCCUCCACAUUUGGGCCUGGAGGUUUUUUUAGGUUCUGUUUAUUCGGACAAGAUGGAAAGCAGGCUUCGCUGACACACUGGUAGUGAGAUUAACCAUGAAGACAGGGUUCAUGUUUUCAAAACGUAACCCUGGGUUUUAUCCUUGUGCAGUUGGUACUGCCGUUACUGCACAGUCCCGGUGCCGCACGGGUCGUUUCCAACCCUACUGCACAAUAGCAACGGGCUACUGUGAAGUAGCUCAUUGCUACCGCACAGUAGUGUUGGCGUCACAGUUCAUGUCCACCAACGCUACGUCGCUGUAGCUAUGAGCUGUAUCGCCGUAGCUUGUCACUACAGCGACAUAGCAUCUUGUGUAGCUGUUACCCCCCACCGUCUCUGUGAUCUGUCAUGCCUAAACCGCCCUCCUUCCCUCAAGCUGGCCUUUUCCUUAAGCAGAGAGACACCUAAGACGAGGCAUUUGUAGCUGUUGGGUAAUAUGACAUGCACUCGAAUAUGAAUUAUGCUGACACACAAUCACAUUGCGACCACAGUGAGUGCUAAGAGAAAUGAAAAGUCACCGCUUUCUGCAGUACAAGAUCUGUGCUGUGAACCUUCACAGGGGUACAACCUCUCUUCCUUUUAUUUUUUUAUUUAUUCAUUCAUUCAUUCGAUUGCAGGUUAUUGCAUAUAGGCAAUGAUUUUUAAAUGUCUACAGGGGGCAGGGGAAGGGGGGAAAGAAACAUUUGCAAGAUUAGCACCAUUGUACAUUACCAAGAGUUUACAAAAUCUUGAUGAUGUUGCAGGGCUAGAUAUGUCGGACCAGAUUCUCAGCGGUCCAAGUCAGCACAGCUCCAGUGACUUUGACUGAACUGUGCCAAUUUACACCAGCUGAAGAUCUGUCCCAGAGCACCAAAUAAUGGGUUGGUACCAGCAUACAGGACGGAGCCUGAUUUAUUCCUGAAAUCUAGCUACUGCAUAGUCAAAUGCUGGAACAGCUACUUCAUUUAGAAUCUGGCUACAAACCUUUAUUACGCAGUGCUAAACCUUGAUUAUUUUGCCUGCAUCUUUGUCCUUUGGGAACAUUUUAGCUACACGUUUGAAUUAAGUGAUUUUUUUUUUACAAUAAGAUAUAAAAAAAAAGAAAAUGUACGUUGCUCUCUCUGUAUGAAACUGGAGAUGAUAGUUUAUCUGUCAUAUAAAUCAGGUAACACAGAAAAUCAUUGCAUCUUUUCUCUGUCGCAUCUACUCAAUAUCUAUCGUUCUGACUUUUAUUCUUAUUGGAGAUCAUCAAAACAUUAAUUAAAAGCCUGGUGAUCAAACAGCCGAAUAUUUAUGAUUCACGUCCCUGCUUAUUAACAAGUGGCAUAUUGAUACACCACAUAUCCAAGCUGUUUAUGCUCUUGCUGUGCAGUAAAGCAGUAAGAAUUGUUACCCUUAUGUACUACUUCUAAAGAUUUAUUGAGAAACCAUCGCUCCUUUCCUGCCACCAUACAUGUCAAAAUAAGCCGUUUCACCCUAACAAACUGAUUUUUUUUUUAUUAAAGGAGGGGCAUAAUUAGCCACGGUUUAGAGUCUAGAAUAUCAGAAUGGCCAGUGUUCGGCCUUUUUUAAAAUAAGGUCCCUAAUUAUUUCAGCACUGGGAGUGAAAGGUGGAUAUUUAACUUUAAAAAGUGGCUCUCCUUAGUUCAAUCAGACUUUAACAAAAAAAAAAAAAUCUUUAAAAAUCAGCUAACAAACAUACCAGUAAUUACUUGUCAGUGCAGCUUCAUAAGGAUUUUUAUUACCUCCUUGUAAAAGUAUUUACAAGAUUGACUUCACUGGCUCUUUUAGAGAUCAUAGAGGAUAUAAGAAGUCAUUUUGAAAAUCAAUAAUUAUAUAUUAAGAGGUGAGGUCUCCCAAGUAGGUUUUAUAGGCUAUUGUAUCAAUUCGUAUACAUAUAUCUGGCAAAGACUCUUUUCUAAAUAUUCUCUUUUUUUUUUUUUUUCUUUCUUUCUUUUUUUUGGGAUAAAGGAGCAAGCUUACUGGCAUAUAGGCUAAGCCUUUCAUACCCAAUGUGCAGCUCCGAAACUGGAGGGAGACAUUGGCACUAAUCAGGGUUAUAAGAGGGGUAAGGCCUUUGUGAGACUGCAACACGAGGAUUGGAAAACUUUUUCUUGUUGAAGAAAAGGCCUUGAGGCAGCUCUGAAAAGGGAGCUGGAUGGAGCUUCGAGACGGGGUUGCUUUAUACAGGGCUUGCUCAUUGUUACUUCCCAAGGGCACAAUCCAGGUGUCAGCCCUCAGUUGAAUGCUAUGUUGCAGUUAAACCUGGUGAAAAACCCGCCGUCCUCCUCCGCUGCACGGAGACCCUCUCCCAGCUCAAAUGCCACCUUGCCUGUCGUGUAGUACAGUACCACGAAGGAAGAGGCAGUUUUUGUAUCUCUGGGUGUGUCUACACGUUGUCCUAUGGUGACAUAGUGACGUGCUACGUUGCUGGACGGCGUGCUAUGGCAAUGUAGCGAUCACGUGGGUCUACAUGCGAUCACCAGCUACGUCGCCGUAGCACUGUGCUCCCCCGAUACAGCAUGCCACUAUGGAGAUGUAGCGGGAAAAUCUAAAUGUAACCACCUGCACUGCGCUGUGCUUUUGUGCUUGCAAAAGGAAGUACUAAAACAUGGAAACAUAGCCGUACGAUGACGUGUAGACGUGCCUGGCAGGUAGAUUCCAGUGACAUCUGGCUUUGGCCUUCACAGACAGACAUACGGAGCAAUAUAUAUUUAAAAUCCUCUCAUAGAGACAAUAUUAAGCAUAGAUUCCAAAUGAAUACAACUGGUUUUAAAGGCCAUCUGUCCCCAUGCAGGGACAUACAACUUGAGAUAUUAUUUCUGGUCCGAUAUGUUUCGAAGCACCACGCUUGCUUCAGAGUGUGUUUCUGACCCGCUGAAAGUGCAGCCCUCCUGACAGUUUGUCCCAUGCUUUGCAAUUGUUAGUUCAAAAUGCUAAGCGGGGUUUUUUUUUCCCCUUGUUCAAAAAGUUUAGCAAGAUGCUAACGUAGUCACUUUAUUCAGGCAGACAGUUCUUCAGUAAUACCUCUGAAAUAUUUUAAAGACACCUAGACCUGCGGCCAGGGCUUCUGUAUAUUUGACGAUUUGUAUCACAGAGUAAGAAAGAUUGUUCUGAAUUUUGAGACUAGGGAUGUAUCCAAACCUUGGGUUUAAAGGCAGAUUUUAGCUCACAUUUCAUCAAAUAAAUGGCCUGGUCUGACAUUACUUGGCAUCAGCCAGAGUCAUUGCUGGGUCUGGAUGAGGCCUGGUGCUUUUUAUUUUUAUUAUAAUUUGUUUUCAUUCAUGAAACCAGUAUGGGAUGUCGUCCUUAUCUGAAGCCCCUUUGUUGAAAGAUUUUUAAAAUAAAGUUUUUGUUUUACAGUUAUACUGAAAGUACAACACAAUCGACAAACAGUUUCUAACCCACUAGAGAUGGAAACUAAGGCAUUGGUCUGCACACAAAAACUUAUACCAGCACAGAUAGGUUGAUUAGAGAUGUGAUUUUUUUCCAGCAUUGUUUUGCCUCCCCCAAAAAGCAGCCAAACCCUUAUAAAGUAUGCUUAUCAGUGGGUGCUGUUUUUCUUUGCUCCAUCACUUCAUACCAGUAUAAGUACUGUUCUAUUGGUAUGCAUGAGCAUACACUAGAGGGCAUUUGGUGUUUUAACUCUGCCAGCAAAACUUUUUUAAGUGCAGAUAGUGCCUAGAGUGAUGCUGUUCUUUUUUGUAUCAAGUGCUCAUAAAGUAUUUUUUUCCAAGAGUAGUUAAAAAAAUGAACUAGCUGUUCCACUGGACUUACUGCAGAGUAAUAAACUCCAACUCCCAGCUCAUCUUCCCUCUCAGCUUGAGAAAUGUCUUUGAGCUUUUGUAAACUGCCCUAUUUGAGAAAAAUAGAUUAAAUACUAAUCUUAGUAGCUCACAUAUUUUUACUUCUGUUUAUACCGUCUGACUGCAAAAAGAAAUUGGGGGGGGGGGGGGUCCAAGUAGACAGAAUAAAACCUUUCAUUACACGGCCCAGAAGAGAGAGCAGAAAAAUUAACAACGGUUUCAAAAAACCUUGUAUAAAUACAAAUAGAUUGUAAUGCAAUGACUGAAUUAUCUUGAAACACAAAUCCACACUUGGUGUCAGCCCCAAGUGAAGGGAGGUAUUUACAGUACUUAAACAGCCAUGCAAUUAUGUCUCCAAUGUGAAAGAUGUGUAUGGUAAUGUUUUCACUUACUAAAUGGUCCAUGUAACAUUCAGGAAUUACAUAUCUCUCUAUAUCUAUGUAAUAGAUAGAAAUAAACGGAUAUGUACAUGUAGACAGAUAUGUAGAUACACAGAUCUACAUAUAUACAAUACGUGUGUAUAUAUAAAAACGCAACCAUUUUGUGGCUGAAGAAACAACAGUGCACUAUUUGCACCGAGCAAAAACAGCAGAUAUCUUCAGGGUGUACAAUGCAGUAUUUUGGCUUUAUAAUGCAGCAAAUGCUGCAAUGUGCAAUACAGGUUGCAAAAGCUGACAAGCUAAACAGUUCUUAUUUGGCUCAGGGUACUUAACUGUCAUACGUCUCUGGUACAAUAUACCCUUUUGUCUAGUGCAUAAGCAUCACUUGUUAAUCCCUUCCUUUGGGUUUUUUUUUUUUUUAAUUUUUCUUUUUAUGUCUUGAAUAUAUCAGCAUGAAACGUAAAGGUCCAUCCCCAUCUGAAAAAAUGGAGCGUAGUUGGCCACAUCAGUAAAUUUGAGUGUCAGCUAUUUCUUGCUCUGCACCAACGCUUAAGGUAUUUAGUACGUUUGUUAUUGGCAGCAUCUUCAGGUCACAUACUUGACCCUUGCUGUUAGUUCUGAAAUUUUGUUUAAAAAAAAUAAGUGAAUUAUCAAAAGCUCAUUUCUCUUGGGUCAAAGUUAAAAAAAUAUGUAUAUACUACACAUCACAAAAAGGAAAGAGAAACACUUUUUUUUUAUACGAGCAAAGCAAACAGGACUCCUUUCAAAGAGAAAUCACAAUGACUCUUAUCUGUAGAAUGUUUCAGUGCUAAUGCACUAAUUUUGUAACAAGUGCAUGCUGUAUAGACUAUAUUGCCUGUAUACUUAGAAUGGGGGGAAUACAAGCUGCUUUUCGUCGUGCACUGCAGCUUGGUUGGAUGGAGAGUUAAGCCUUUGAUGAAUUUUUAUACUGUACAUAUUUGUAUAUAUUAACUAUAUUGCCAUGUUAUGAACACAGAUUUUGUUAUAUUUGCUUGUUUCUGUUUCCUACAAAACUGGUCCAUUAUGGGGGAUAUUUUUUUUUGUAUAGAAAAUAUGCUUGUAAUAUUUUUUUUCCUUGUUCAUUAUCUCUUAAUGGUUUAUAAAGGAAUCAAAGAACUGAGUUUACAGAGGAACGAUGAGAAGCAAGUCUGUGUUUGCAUGAGACCUGCCCAAAUGCCGGCUAUUGGUGGGGGGGAGGGGGGAAGGGAACAUUUUAAGUCUAAGUUUUGCUUUUAAAGCAUGCUGAAUCCCAUGGGAAAACUCAUACAUGUACAAUUAUUCUCUUUGUAUUUUAUCUAAUAGUGCCUGAAUUUUUUUUUUAAAUGUUUUCUUAGAGGAACAAUUCAUAAUUGUCAAAAUUUGAAACAUUAGCUUAAUUUUGUUUUCAUGACCUCUCAUUUCUCCUCCUUAUUUAUUUUGUUGCUGUUUGUAAUAGGCCCCAAGGCCAUUUCUGACAUUGCAGUGUUCUUCUUCCACAUUAAGGAUGUUUUUAAAAUUACUAAGAUUAUUGAGCCAACAGGCUGUUUUAAUCAAAACCAUGUUUCACUUGGUUUUGAUGAUUAUGAAUGGUCCUUACAAUGAAAAAAAAAUCCUUUCUGCUAGGAGGAUUAUACCAUCUAGUGGUCAAAAAGAUUCAUCACACAGAUAUGCAUCUUCCCAGUGUUUUGCUGCCUUUCUCAAAGCCAAGGCAGUAAUUUUGUUUCAAAUUAUUUGCUUAUUAUAACUAACUUAAACUAAAUACAAAUUUAAAAUGGUAAUGGCAUUUUUUCUUUGGCUGAUUGCUAAAUAAAUUCAUAUAAUUUAUACUAGAGGAGAUUACUGCUUUUAUUGUUUUGGUUUCCCAAAACCAAUUAUUAACAAUCACGACUAUGUAUCUCAUUAAAUUUAAAUCAGGUCAAACCUGUUUAUCUAAGGGCCUUCCUGAUGUACAAAAAGAUGGGUGUAUUCUGGUGCACUUACAAUGUACUUCUAUAUAUGAUUUUGCAGCAUUGAGAUCUCUGGACCAUAAUUUUUGCUUUAUAUUUUUUUACACUGCAAAUACAUUGUUAAAAAAAAAAUCUCUCAACUUCAUCACAGUGAGCAUUACUUUUUAAUAAAAACAUUACUUUUUACGCAGGGAUUUUUAAAAAUAAAAUCACUGCAGUUUUAGAAUUGUAAUUAAAGCCCAGAAUAAUAGAUCAUGCAUCUUUAUCUGUUGUGUUUUAAAGGGAAAAAAAAUAGCCCAAACUGUUUGCAUAAUCCUGAAUGCCUCAUUUCCAUAAAAAAGGUUUCUAUACAUAUAUUAUUUACAUUUUUAAACAUGGUAAUUCUUUCCUUUGUGGCAGAAAAUGUCUCUUUUUCACUGCAGUUAUUGGAAAGCGACUGUUCACAGCUGAAAUGUUAUCGUAAUUUGCAUCAGGAAACCCAACUGCAGACAUUAAGGACUUGGGUGUGUUCAAUUAUGAUUUUGCUGGAGGCUGUCCCUCAUUUUAAUGCUGCACUCAUUGAACUACCUUUCUGAAAUCUAGCUGAUAUGGUUCACCAUAGACAUGCUUCACAACAUCAUUAGCUUUGCAAAUGGCUUCAUUUCAGUCAAUGCAGACUUCAGUUUUGGCCAAUUGUAAAAUGGAAAUUUGAAAAGAAAAAAAAAAACAGAUGCACUUAAAACAUGAAAAGAAUUAUUUAUAUGAUAAAAAUAUAUUUAGAUUUUCAAAGCACAAGACUGAACAGAAGUGCUCUUUUUAUGCUUUCUGAAGAUGUUACUGUUAAAAGUCUUUCUACAUCAGGCUUAAUAAAUCUGUAAUGACAUUUGA